GUUCCAUUGAGUCUGAAGAUUUAUCCCUUGAACCGCAAACAGUAUCCAGUCCGGUGCUGUGUAGUCCAUUGAAGGAAGAACGCAGCACACCGCCAACAUUGGCAAUUGUUAAGGAAGAAACAAGUAAUAAUAGUUGUACAAUGUAUCCUACACACCUUAGUCAAAAUCAGAUAACAACAACAACAAGCACAACACUAGGCAAUAAUACAAAUACAACAACACAAAGCAAUACACACCAUCACCACCAACAUCAACACCACCAUCAACAACAACAUCAGCAACAACCCCAACAACAACAGCAACUUCCACAACACACGCAACACCAACACCAUCACCACCAACAACAACACUCGCCACAACACCAACAAUAUCACCAACAACAAACACAACAUCAUUUACAACAAAACCAAAUACAACAUCACAGUCAAUUACAGCAACACCAACACAAUCAUCAACAGCAACAACAACAACAACAACAACACUAUCAACAACAACACCACCACCAACAGCAACAUCAACAACAUCAUCAACAACCACAACAACAACAGCAUGCAAAUAGUAGUAGCGGCAAAAUAUCAUAUCGUGGCAUUUUCACCACUACAGGUAACACAACAAUGAGCGGUCUUCAAUCAGCUGCAGCUGCUGCUGCCGCACAACAGCAACAACAGCAGCAGUUGAGUUCACCACAGCUAAGCGUGUUGCCUGGUCAAAUGUCACCACCAUCAGCAAGUCUAGGAAAUAGUUGGGGUCUACCCAGUCCAGAUAAAACAUUAUUCCAACCACCCAUGUUUAGUUUACUAGGCCCAGGACCACAAAAUACCGCGCAACCACAUUACGCUGCACAACAAAAUAUAGCACCACCUUCAUCCACACCAUCACCAUCACAUCAUCUACAUGCAGGCUACGAUGAUGGACGUGCAACACAGCAUGUCGAAUUACUUGGUCUCAAUAUGGAUUGUUCACCUAUCAUACUCAAACAACCACCUCCAAGCUAU